GUCCGGCCCUGGGUGCGCUCCCCGCCAGCGUUGCUGCGCCAUCACCGCUGCGCCAUCGCCGCGUCCUCGCCACUCCGCGAAUCCUCCCCGCACCUCUCCCGGGCCCCCCGCGUCUUCGCUGCAGCUCCCGCGUCCCCUGAAUUCUCCUGCAACACCCUGUACCCCAUCUGCAUUUCCUCUAGAUUCUCCCUGCACCUUCCUGAAUCCCUCAUAUAGCCUUUUCUCACCCGUACACUUCUGCCUUCCCCGACAUCCUCCCCAUAUCCCUCUUCAUCCCCCUGUAUGCUCCCUAAAUCCUCCUCUCACUACCGCAGCCCCUGCACGACUUUACAUACUCUGUACCCCUGUUCUACACCCCUUUCCCAUCUCCUGCAUCCCCAUACCCAAACCCCGCAUUUACCCGGCGGCAGAGGAGUCUCCCUGCUCCUCUCCUGUCCCUCACUCCCCUCACGAUAAAGAGUCUGUGUCCCCCCUGCCCAUAGCCACCCCACGAGAGGGGAUUUUCCUUUCUGAGGGGGUGUUAUCCCUGCGGACACGCAUGUCAAGUCCCACAGAUGCUGCUCUUGCGUUUACAGCUCUUGAGUGUGCUCCCAAAGUGUGCUGGUGGGGGGCAGCUCUGGGAAUGGCCUUGUCCCCACCAUGGGUGGGGUUGUGGAAACUGGAGAACAGCCUCCUCUGAGCCUCCAGCACACAUUUCUAACGGGGAUUGCAGCCAUGGCCACGGUGGGGACACCCAGCCCCCCCAGCGUCCCUCGUCACACCAACCGCUUGAUUAAUGAAAGGUCCCCGUACCUCCUGCAGCAUGCCCACAACCCCGUGGAUUGGUACCCUUGGGGUCAGGAAGCCUUUGAUAAAGCAAAGACAGAAAACAAACUGAUAUUCCUGUCAGUUGGCUACUCCACCUGCCACUGGUGCCAUGUCAUGGAGGAGGAGUCCUUCAAGAGCAAGGAAAUUGGGGAGAUCAUGAAUGAGCACUUCGUAUGCAUCAAAGUGGAUCGUGAGGAGCGGCCAGAUGUGGACAAAGUGUACAUGACAUUUGUGCAGGCCACCAGUGGUGGAGGUGGUUGGCCCAUGAGUGUCUGGCUGACCCCAGACCUCAAGCCCUUUGCUGGAGGGACGUAUUUCCCUCCUGAGGAUGGAGUUCAUCGUGUUGGUUUUCGGACUGUGCUGCUCCGGAUCGCAGAGCAGUGGAAGGAGAACAAAGAUGCCCUGUUGGAGAGCAGCCAGCGGAUUCUGGAAGCAUUGCGACACACAUCAGAGAUUCGUGUGCAGGGCCAGGAGUCACCCCCACCAGCCGAAGAGGUGAUGGACACCUGUUUCCAGCAGCUCUCCAGAUCCUAUGAUGAGGACUAUGGUGGAUUUUCCAAAUCCCCCAAGUUCCCCACCCCAGUGAAUUUGAAUUUCCUAUUUACGUACUGGGCCCUGCACCAAACAACUCCAGAAGGUGCUCGGGCACUGCAGAUGGCUCUGCACACCCUCAAGAUGAUGGCCCAUGGGGGCAUCCAUGACCACAUUGGUCAGGGAUUUCACCGCUACUCCACCGACCAGCAGUGGCAUGUUCCUCACUUUGAGAAGAUGCUCUAUGACCAGGGGCAGCUGGCAGCUAUGUACAGCAGGGCCUUCCAGAUCUCUGGUGAUGAAUUCUUUGCUGAUGUUGUCCGAGACAUUCUACUCUAUGUCUCGCGUGACCUGAGCGACCAGGCAGGAGGUUUCUAUAGUGCAGAAGAUGCAGAUUCCUACCCGACCACCACAUCUAGAGAGAAGCGAGAAGGAGCUUUCUGUGUGUGGACAGCCCAGGAGCUCCAGGCUCUCCUCCCUGACCCUGUUGAGGGGGCCACAGAGGGGACAACCUUGGGAGAUGUCUUCAUGCACCACUAUGGAGUGGAAGAGGCUGGCAACGUGGACCCCAUGAAGGACCCCCAUCAGGAGCUGAAGGGAAAGAACGUCCUCAUUGCCCGCUGCCCCCUGGAGCUGACGGCAGCUCAAUUCAGGCUGGAGCCAGGCCGGCUGAGUGCCCUGCUGCAGGAAUGCCAGCAGAGACUGUCUUCAGCCCGGGCACAGCGGCCACGGCCACACCUGGACACCAAGAUGCUGGCUGCAUGGAAUGGGCUGAUGAUCUCAGGCUUUGCCCAGGCUGGGGCUACCCUGGCUGAGCCGGGAUAUGUGAGCAGGGCUGCACAGGCAGCUGCCUUCCUGAGGACACACCUUUUCGACCCCGACAGUGGGAGGCUGCUGCGGAGCUGCUACCAGGGCAAGCACAACUCAGUGGAGCAGAGUGCUGUGCCCAUCCAGGGCUUCCUGGAGGACUAUGUCUUUGUCAUCCAGGCACUUUUUGACCUGUAUGAAGCCUCGCUGGAGCAGGGCUGGCUGGAGUGGGCCCUUCAUCUCCAGCACAUGCAAGACAAGCUCUUCUGGGACCCUAAAGGCUUUGCUUAUUUCUCCACUGAGGGCAGCGAUCCCUCUCUGCUCCUGCGUCUCAAGGAUGACCAAGAUGGAGCAGAACCCACCCCUAACUCUGUUGCUGUCACAAACCUGCUCCGAGCAGCAUGUUACUCUGGUAAUACGGACUGGGUGGAAAAAGCUGGCAAGAUCUUGGCUGCCUUCUCAGAGAGGCUGCAGAAGAUCCCAAUAACCCUCCCAGAGAUGGUCCGGGCCACUGCUGUCUUCCAUCGCACCCUCAAACAGGUCGUCAUCUGUGGGGACCCCCAAGGAGAAGACACCAGAGAGAUGCUGGAUUGCGUCCAUUCUGUCUUCAGCCCAAACAAGGUGCUGAUGGUCGCAGAUGGAGACAGCGCUGGGUUCCUCUACCGCCAGCUGCCUUUCCUUGCAUCCCUGGAGAGGAAGGAAGGGAAAGCCACUGCCUAUGUCUGCAGCAACUUCACCUGCUCCCUGCCUGUCACCUCUUCCCAGGAGCUGCGUGGGAUGCUCAGCCCAUGAGCCCCUCAUUCCUGCUGCCUAUGGGAAGGCAAGAGUGGGACAGACUGGCACAGGAACAUGGGAGAACCCCAUAAUAGAGACAACCUGAGCACUAUCCCAGAUGGUUCCUAGCAGUGCAGUGGGGUUGUGCCCUUCCGCACCUGCAGCAGGUCAGGGUCUGCUUGCACUGUUGUUUCAACAGUGUCUCAGCACAACUGACUGUGGUCCUGAGUCCUGUUUUUGGUAUGUCCAGGAGACAGCCAUGGAGGAGCAUCUCCUGCCUCUGUAUUCAUGCUUGCUUCUCACCUCUUCUUGCUGAGGAAAAGGAAACCAAAUUAAAUAUAAAUCCCAGUGUUAAUGGAGAAACCAGAUGGGAAAACUGUUAGGGUUCCUAUAGCAACCCGUGGUAACACUGUCAAAAGCACCUGGAUGACUUAGGAGUCAAGCACUCUUAAAAGUGUUACUGGCUACAACAGCUGUGGUAUUUUUCCAUUACAGAGGAGUUUGUAACAUACAUUAACUGAAUAUAUAGUGCAUGAAAAAAAACUGCUGAUUACAGCUGAUGUAAAGUUUAUUCUUUUUUUCCUCCCCCUCCUUCCCUCCUUGUCCUCCCUGCUUCCAAAUGGGUGAGUACCAGGUUUUCAGCAUCUCUCUAACACCCUGGGCUCCCCCAGCACAGUACCUCACACCCCAGCUGGCUGGGUGCUGUCAUCUGGCAGCAAAGUGGCCCUGCCCACUGGCUUUCUAGUGGAUUGUGCCAGGAUUUGGGAGUAACUAGCCAGGAGAAAUGCCUUUGAAGUCAAAUUGGAAUUUUGCACUUCAUCUGAGUGGAGGGGUUUUGUUUUCUCUCCUCUCUUGGUUUUAAAAGCCUGAAGUGUUUCUGGAAAUCCAGCUGAAAAUUGCUGGUUUGGCAGAUGUCCGCCUACUUUCUUCUGGGUUUUUUUGCCGUCUUUUUUUUUUUUUUUAAUUUGACAUCUCUGCUGUGGGGAUUGAUUUGACACCCAUCCUCAGAAGUGCUCAGAGUGAGUUGGUUUGUGUCUGCCGGGAGAGCAUCCUCGGAGAGCAGAGCUGGUGCUGAGUGCCUGUGGAGAAGCCCACAUAGACACCACAAUGGCAGUAGUCCCCGAGGUGGCACAGGGCUAGGGUGACAUUUUGGUACUCACUAGCCCCUUGUGGCACUGUGCUUUCCUCCCAUAUUGUGUUGCUUGUUGGUGUCUCUGUGAGCAGCCCCCAGGCAGAGCUGUGCUGUGAACCUCUGUCAGGAUGAAUUGGCUUCACCUCUCAGUAAAACAAAACAAAACAAAGAAUGAGAAGUUCUUGGUGAUGAAUAACUGUUGUUGUGGCACCUCUGUCCUCCCAGUGCCUUUGCCUUGCUGCUGUCCCUGGGUGCUGGUGGCUAUGUCCUAUGCUUUCCACACUCUCCCUGUCCCUGGAGCCACCCCUGGCCUUUAUGGCCUUAGCAGGGGUUCUACUUCUUGCUUGUGUUCUACUGCAGCUCCCCUUCUGGACCCCUUGGUACCCCUUGGCCAGGCUCAGUGCUGGGGCACGUGGGGGUGCUGCUCCUCAUUGGUGGCUACAGUGGUUAAACCCUCCCAGUGGUGAUUCCUGUCCUUUCCUGUCAUUAGCCUUCUGAGUUCAUGGCAAAUGCUGUUUUGCUGCAAGGGUUUUUUGCUGGGCAGUUACCAGGAGACAGGGCUGGUGGGUGCUGCCCAGCCUACCCAGGCCCUCAGGAGGAUGAUGGUGUGGGAUCUCUGGGCUCGGGGUCCUGUGCCACUUCCCAGUGUCUAUUUUCCUGAUCCCUUCCCGCAUUCCCUUUACAGAUGUAGAGGCUUUCUCCACCAGUGCCGAGGCUCAGGGUGGCUGGAGGCAGCAUCCUGUGCUUCCCUGCUCUUCUCCAGCUGCAGAGCUGUCAAAAAAGCUCUCCAAAAACCCAUCAGAUGACUGAUGUGCUGGUUUUUCCCCACAAACACUUGGGUUUGCCAUCGGGCUGCUGCAGAUGGCACAGGGAGACUUUGUCCUGCCCAGGGUUCUGGGCUCACCUGGGAGCCCCAGCAGCCAUGGAUGGGGAGAAACAGGUUUUCCCUUGGCAUCUUUUUUAUAUAAACACCCACUUUAACAUUUGAAACUUACACUGGGGGAUGUGCAGGGCACCCCAUUGCUCAGACCACCAAGGCAGAUGGGAGGCCUGACAUGACACCCACAAUGUCCCUUUGGGGGGUCCGGGACACAUGGGGUAUGGGGGAGGCAGCAUUAGCAGCCACCCUUGCUGCACUAAUGAGGCCUUCCCUCUAAUUAAUAUUCCCUGGAAAACCCAGCACUAGUUCUGGAUCUCUCAGCUUUUAUCUCCUGUGGCAUUGAAGUGACAUCAAUGGGAGAUGGGCUUUGAAAGCUGUUUGUUGUGGGGGAUGUUGCAUCUGUGGGAGAAGGGGAACAGAGAAGGGUGUCCUAAGCCUGGAUCCUGCUCCAGUGUCAAUAUCCCCCUCUGAAACAUACGUGGGGGUGCAAUUUGCAAUGCCUUUGAGAAUGUACAUUGGACAAAAUAAUGAGGUUUCCUAAGCUGAGCACACGGUUAAUUCAUACAUGAGCACCCGCAUCUGGCACAGCUGAGCACCCCGUUGCCACACACCUGGGUAGCCAAGUAGCACCUGAGCACUGAUCUGCUUAUGCCUGAGUGGGCAAUUAACUCCUGCAUGAGGGUUAUUUUGGGCAUGAACAGGCAGGUUUUGGUAGCUGGGGGCUGCUGCAGGAGGAGGUUUGGAAGUGCCUUUCAGUGGUUGCUGUGAGAGCGGUUGAAAGGAUUCAUAAUGCCCCAAAAUAUCAGGGGAACCUUUGACAGGCAGGUGCAGGGGGGCAGGAGGUGUGGGGCUGGUAUGAGUCUCUCCAAAGCCAAUCCUGUACUGUUGAGCCCAGUUACUCCAGUAUUCACCCAGAGAGAAUUUGCAGCCAGCAAGCUGCCAUGGUGAAUUCCCUGAGUUCCAGCUUCCUCUCCUGGGUAUUUUGGGGUGCUUGCUGCAGUCCCCUUGCAGCAGGAUGUGGGUGGGGGUACAUGUUGGGUUGCACCAACCCUCUUCUGGCAUCCCAUGGAGCAUCUGCGGGCAGAGGGGGCUGGGGGGCUCAGCAGCUCCUACUACCCUUCCCUGCCUCAGCACUUGCUCUGUGCAGAUGUUCACACCAUCCAUCUCCAAGUAAUUCCAAUGUUCCUGACAAGUGAAUUUGCAGCUGAGGCUGGCUGACACUUGCUCAAAACAUGCUUUUUUCUUUUUAAAUUGACCCCCUGUGCAGAUUGGUGCCAUGGACCAAGUGGACACAGCCAGGCUGUGCUGUGGGGACUCUGUGGGGGUGUCCCCUGUGGCUCAGCUGCUGCUUUAGUUUCCCCUCCCACAAAAGUGUGUCCUGGCCAUUUCUGUCCAAACCCUACACCACCUCUGCAUGGCCCUGGAGCAUGUGCCCUGCCUGGCUACUCCCAGAACCCCUGUGUGCUCCAGAGCUAUGCAGAGGAACUCGCAGCUCUCCCCAGGCUGGCUGCCUUUGCAGGUGCACUGGCCAAGGUAGUCUGGGGACUAUCAUCCCCAUGUAAUGCUCAGCUGCUCUGAACAGGCUCUGCACCCACAGGCCAGUGCUUAGAACCAGUUUACCACUUGGAAAUCUCCCAUUCCUGGCUGGCAGCUGCAGCAAUCCCACCCAUUUCUCAAGGGACUGCCAACCUUGGCCACAUCUGGGAAGGCAGGGAGGGGUGGGGAGGGAUGGCUGAAGGCCCUGUGGCAUAGCAGGAGGCCAUCAGCACCAAUUAAGGGUUAUGCAAUGGACACUUGGCCUUUGCAGGCCAGGGCAGGGGUGCAUGUGGCCAUUAAUCCUCCUUUAUUAUAGUUUUGGUAUUUACUGACUGUGGUAACUGUUGCAUUAAAUCAAAAAUAAAUGUU